UCAGACUGAUCGUUCCCGCUUCACAAUGCGGCUCCCUGAUCGGCAAAGGUGGUUCUAAGAUCAAAGAAAUUCGGGAGGUCACCGGCGCCUCUAUUCAGGUCGCUUCCGAGAUGCUGCCUAACUCGACGGAACGUGCAGUGACCAUAUCCGGUACCAGCGAGGCGAUCACGCAAUGCAUAUAUCAUAUCUGCUGCGUUAUGCUAGAGUCCCCUCCCAAAGGUGCCACGAUCCCUUAUCGCCCCAAACCCCAAGUCGGUGGGCCAGUGAUCCUGGCUGGUGGGCAAGCCUACACCAUCCAGGGUAAUUACGCGGUGCCCGCCCACUCGGACAUGGGCAAGCUGGGGAGCAAUCCUUUGGCUGGAUUGGCGGCUUUAGGCCUCGGAGGGCUCGCCACACCGGCAAACACGGGUGGUCUUAACCCGGCAGCGUUAGCCGCAUUGGCCGGGAGCCAGCUGCGUACGAGCAACACGAACAGACAGCAACCAGCGGCGAACAAUCAGACGCAUGAGAUGACUGUGCCAAAUGAGCUGAUCGGUUGCAUCAUUGGAAAAGGUGGUACCAAGAUUGCCGAGAUUCGUCAGAUCUCCGGCGCCAUGAUCAGAAUCAGCAACUGCGAGGAGAGGGAGGGCGGAGCAACGGAUCGCACGAUCACCAUAACCGGGAAUCCGGACGCGGUGGCGUUGGCACAGUACCUCAUCAAUAUGAGUGUCGAAUUGCAGAAAGCUAACCUAGAGGCCCAAAAUACCCAAACCCCUGGCAGCGGUACUACUCCCGGGGCAUCCGGGGCCAGUGCUUCCCCUUCUACCACCACUACCACUGCCUCUCCCUUGGCCAGCGCCAUCCCCUUGGCUCAGCUGCUAAGCAAGCCAGGCGCCCUCAACGCCCUAUCUAGCCUCACCGCCCUCGGCGGACUCACGGAAUUGCUAGGUGGUGCUGCUGGCGCGGCUGCAUCCGCGCUACCGGUCCAGACUACCGGCGUGCACCGAUCGCACAAGACCUUUACGCCGAGGCUUCGUAGCCCGGGCGCACCAGGCCCGACCGACAGCGGCAAGUUCAAGUCCGAGCGUACCAAGUAUAAUCCAUACUGAACGAACGGACAAGCGGCGGGAUGAUGACGAUGAUGUUACAGGGAGAACACUAUACACAUAUACACAUAUACAUACAAACAUACACCCACACACAAAUACAUCUACACACCUAUAGCGUACACUUGCGUAACACCGAAGUAAAGUGCGUACGGACGCCAGGGUAGCGAGUACGAAGACUUGGCGAAGGAUCGACUCGUCAUGUGUUUUUCUUUUUUUUUUGUUAUGGUCCAUAUUUUCAACUUUUAAUCGAUAAAAGUGAUUAAAGAGCUACAUUUAAGGCACUUUUAUCGAUAAAAGUGAGUUCGAAUUAUUGGACGAAAGAUUGUUAAUAUGGAAAGUGUGAGCACGAUUGUUUAAAUGGGUAAGUCGAAAUGUACAAAGCCGUUGAAGAGAAUGAUUUUUUUAUAAUAUUCUUUAAAAAUAUUAUUUCAUUGAGUCUGAUGAUCUCUUUGGAACAGAGGCAUGUUUUUGAAUAUAAAGUAAAAUAAAAUAAAACUGUCUUUCUCAGAUAACAAAGGUGCUCCGCUUGCCCAUACUUUGCUCACUUUCUCUUGAGAAUCACUGUACGGAAACGUUUUGUAGAAUUUUUUUUGUUUGUUUUUUAUGUGUUAUCUUUAGCUGACGUAAAAAGGAAAGGAAAGGGAAAAAAAGAAAUGGGAGCGUUUUUUGGAAUAUCUUUUGUGUAAUUAAACCGUAUGAUCCGAUGCUAAGUCUUAAAAACAACACAUAUACUAUUGUGACACGCCCUCCGAGAUCGGGAGACACUACGCUACAUCGCGUAAAGACUGAUUGUGUGAUUAACGAAACGGCGGAAAUCAUUAAAUCGAUAAAUUCUCUUAAAAUCCCUUGUAACUGACGACAAGAAAAAGCUUUAGUCAUCAUACGUUUGCGUUUCAUUUUGUACGAGCGGUUUCUAAUAGCCUCGGAGGACGCGAUCGCUCAUGCACCGUCGCAAGACAGUCUUUUUUUUUAAUAAAAGUAUAUAUAAAUAUAUUAUUACACUAUAAUAUUAUUAUUGUAAUUAUUAUUACAAUAUUAUGGAUUAUAAUUGAUUACUGUUUGAUGCAAAACAUCUUAUUAGUGUAGCUAUUCCGAUGUGAUUUUUUUUCUCGUAGUAGAUAGAGAUUCUAUUGAUAGGAGCAAGUUUCUUCGCGCGCGCGUGAAUGAGUAUGCGUGAUGAAAAGAGAAGGAAGGGAAGUGCGUGAAAGAAAAAAAAAAAUCGUCUUUGAAUCAUGUGUUUAUCAGUCUUUGUAAUAAAUCGUGUUGAAAAUGCACUACGUCAUAAUCAUGUAAUGUGCUUUUUUGGAUGACUUUUGUGGUCUUCUUUCUUAUGGGGGGAAAAAAAAAAAAAAAGGAAAGAAAAAGGUCUACAGACCGAGUCUGAUCGGGGAGGUUCGUCAAUAUGCGAACACGGUGAAUUUUGCGAAGCAUUAUAAUCGAUCAUCGCAAUGCGAAAUAAUCAAUCAAGCUAUACACAUACAUAGUGUGUUGUUGUAACGGUAAUAAACUUAAUCCUUAUGCAUCCGCACGCGAGACGACCAAAAGUCUGCAUGGGCUCGCGUGUAAAUUAUUGUUUUUGUGAAAUUUAAAACUAAUAAAACACGUAUGUACACACAGAA